AUGGUGCGCCAGACGGGAGGAUUCGGAGAUCUUGAGACAGCGAUCUUCGAUAUUCUUCUGACACGGAGACUGUGGAUAGUGAAGUGGGUGGGAUAUUGCUCUCAAAUCCUCGAAAAUAAACAUCUGCAGGGGCGAAUAUCCAGGAAGUAUUCAGCUCGUCCAGGAUCUCGGAGGAACAGCCCUACAAAGAAGCAACUGGCAGCUUCGAUAAACGAACGAGAAUGCGCAGGAACUCGGGUUGGAACAACCGCGCAGAACACAGCUUGGCGAGGCUUUGCUCAUCGUAUCCCAGCUGAGCAUGACGUGAGUGGGUAUCAUGUUGGCGAAUGA